AUGUCGCUGUUGCUCUGCACGUGGAAUCUGGGAUGCAAAAACGCUAGUGACGCACCCAAAGACGGUGAUUAUGACUGGCUGGCAAAGAUCUUCAAAGAGAUGCCCGCGUGCGAUGUCGUGGCUUUGGGCAUCCAAGAGCUUCAUCCAAGUCUGCUGCCAAAACUGCUGCAAAAAGUCCAGCAGGCCUUGCAGACAGACUUUCAGGCAGUGACUGCCGAACACUGUGGCUCCUACCUGCCCUUAUUGCUUUUUCAACGAAACACCAGCAAGGUCGAGGUCGUGCCGUUGCACUUUACCUUUGACAAGCACCAGGUGUGCAGCAAGGGCUGUGUAGCAGCGCAGUUUCACUUCGGGGGCUUGCAGCUCUGUGUGGUGAACGCCCAUUUGGAGGCAGGGCAUAGCAAAGUCAACGCUCGAAAUCAGAUGAUGGCACAGAUUGCUUCCCAUUUCCCGACACCUGCUGGGUCCUUGCUGCUGCUUCUUGGAGCGCCUUGA